AUGGCGUCCAGUCAAGGAGGUGUUGGAGCUGUCACGGCGCUUCAGAACCAUCACCACUACCCGAGCGGACCUCAAUGGAGCCCGGGGAACAGCCCGCACCAGCAGCAGUACCACCACCACCAGCAGCAGCAACAGCAACAACAGCAGCAGCAGCACCACACGGCCCGUAGCCUGGAGCGAGCUCUGGAGGAUGCCGUGUGCUCCGGGAUCCUCAACCUAAGCGGGCGGAAACUGAGGGAGUACCCCGGGGUUAGCUACGAUCUCACCGAUACAACACAAGCAGAUUUAUCUAAGAAUCGUCUCUCUGAAGUACCCCCAGAAGUUUGUCUCUUUGCCCCAUUGGAGUCCCUUAACCUCUACCACAACUGCAUCAAAUGCAUACCAGAAGCCAUCAUCAACUUGCAGAUACUGACGUAUCUUGACAUCAGUCGAAAUCAAAUUGCUGUUUUGCCAAAACACUUGUUCAACCUUCCACUCAAAGUUCUGCUUGUCAGCAACAACAAGCUAGUGUCCAUUCCUGAAGAAAUUGGCAAAGCCAAAGAACUGAUGGAGCUAGACGUGAGCUGUAAUGAAAUCCAGGCGCUGCCAGCCCAGGUUGGGCGUCUCCAUGCCUUACGAGAACUCAACAUCAGGAAGAACUGCCUACAGAUUCUUCCGGAAGAGUUGGCUGAUCUGCCUCUGAUUCGACUUGACUUUUCCUGCAAUAAAAUCACUGAGAUUCCAGCAGCCUACAGGAAACUCAGGCAACUGCAGCAUAUCAUCCUCGAUAACAAUCCUAUGCAGUCUCCUUCAGCUCAGAUCUGCCUGAAGGGAAAAGUGCACAUUUUCAAGCAUUUGAACAUGCAAGCAUGCAAGUCGGACAAAAAGCCAGACAACCUUGACCUCCCUUCCUUUGGCAAACGCUGUCUUCCACAGCCACUCACAGAUAGCAUGGAAGAUUUUUAUCCUACUAAAAACCACGGGCCUGACUCUGGAAUUGGGAGUGACAAUGGCGACAAGAGGCUGUCGACAACAGAGCCUUCAGACGACGACACGGUCAGCCUCCACUCUCAGGUGUCUGAGACGGCCCGCGCCGAUGCCCUCACAGUCCUUUCCAAAAUGGACUCUUGCAAAGAUCAGGAUCUGUAUGACUUUAUAGAACCCAACCCGGAUGAGGAUCCUGCUCUGUCAGAGUGUGACGGACAGCAGAACUGUCAUGUGUCAUGUAUUAAGGAACUGGAAAAGGUUCUUAACUUGUCUCAUCAAAGCAAAGACAAGGAGAGCUGGAAAGAGGAAUCAGGCUCCGACAAGGAGCAGCUACUGGAAGAAGAAGAUGACGAGCUAAAGGAGGUGCUGGAUCUGAGGAAGAUUGCCGUCCAGCUUUUGCAGCAAGAGCAGCAGAACAGACGACGGUCCUUAAUUUGCAGAGCGGAAAGUCUUAUCCAUCGACGCAGAGUGACUGGUCGAGCUCACAGAUUCCUAAGUCACUCUGGCAGCUCCAGCAACAAAGCCAGGCCUCUUCCUCAGGCUCGAAGCGCUUCUUUGGAUGAAGGAAGCAGCGGAGCGUCGAUGUUAUGCGAACAGCCUCCAUCAUCCUGCUCCUUUGAUGGUAGCCUGAAGUCAGAUCAGUCAGAUUCAGAGUCCAAAUGGCCAGACGUCCCGCCUGUUCUCAAUCAAAACGAAGAUCGCAAGAGGAAUAAAUAUCUGAGAAAAGAUUAUCUCAAGUACAAGUGCCAGAGUGCCCGGAAAAACUGCAGCGGCAAUGAUGACUGUGAGGAGAGUCUGCGCAACUCUGAUUUCAGCACCGCACUCACUGUGUUUGGACUCAAGCCAAGAUCAGCCUUCACCAGAGGAAGUCAUCAGGAGUUCACCUCAACAGAGCCCAGCUUCACUAUGAGGAGAAAGAUGGAGCAUUUAAGAGAAGAAAUUGAGCAAAUAGGAAUACUACGACAGAACAUUGAGUCCAAACUGAAGGUGUUGCUUCCAGAUGAUGUCGGAGCUGCUCUAAUGGACGGCGUGGUCCUUUGUCAUUUAGCCAAUCACAUUUGUCCUCGCUCUGUGGCCAGCAUUCACGUACCCUCACCUGCAGUGCCAAAGCUCAGCAUGGCUAAAUGCCGUCGAAAUGUGGAAAACUUCCUGGACGCGUGUAAGAAAAUAGGAGUUCCACAGGACAAGUUGUGUCUGCCGCAUCACAUCCUGGAAGAACGUGGCUUGGUGAAGGUGAGCGUGACCGUGCAAGCGCUGCUGGAUCUACCCGCCAUGAAGCCUACCCAGCUAGCAGAUGCUUGA